AUGCUGUAUUCUAAAUCGUCUCUGACUUUUCAUUUCUCUCUCUCUCUCUCCCUCCCCCGACACGUCAAUCUUCGCGAACUCCAGAUUAGCCCAAUCAAGAGACAGUCGAACCAGGGAAAAGACGGUGAAGAUGAUCUGUUCGACGGAGGAGGGGAGCAACAAGGUGAUGGCGGCGGAGGUGGAGGCGUUGGCGGCGGUCCGGUGGAGAAUUUGAAAGACAGUUUAGACUUGGAUUACGACAUGACAGAGGUGAACCAGUCGGUGGUUGUGACGUUAAAACUUCGGCACACAAGUUCAAACGUCCGCGAUCGUGUCGUAUAUUCGGUAGACUGGUUUCUUGAGAGUUGCAGCAUUUAUCCAGACGUCGAGGCCUGCGGAGAGCCACCUCAGCAUUUCGGACCAAAACGGGUGACCAUUGGCAAUAAACAGGCGACAUGUGUCUUGCCAAAUAUAAGGUUCAACUCUAAGUACACGGUGUACGUAGAAGACGGUAAGGAUUGGAGAAAAGAACUGGCUAUCAUCACUCCAAAAUGUCUGACACCAGUUGCGUCUUUCACUCGAUGCGAAGAGAAAAAGAGCACAUUGUCUACAGGCGGUCGGUUGGACUCGAAAGCAAAAGUUUACUCAGGGGAGAUGAAGAUUUUACAUUACUUUCUUCCUUCUAUCUAUCUAUCUAUCUAUCACAGCCUGUCUGUCUGUUCGUCUGUCUAUGUACCUAUGUGUCUGCCUAUCUAUGUAUCUCUUUAUCUGUUAUUCUUUCUGUCUAUCCAUUUACGUGUCUGUCUCUCUAUUUAUAUAUGUAUUUGUUUAUUUAUGUAUCUGUCUACAUGGUCUGUCUUUCUGCCUACGUUCCCGUCCGUCGCUCUAUCUAUCUAUCUAUCUAUCUAUUUCAGUCUGUUAAUAUCUAUCUAUCUAUUUCGGCUCCCUCUGUCUCUAUCUAUUCCUCGCUAUUUUUUAUCUGUUCUUCUCUCUGUCCAUUUAUGUAUUUUUCUAUUCAUGUAUGUCUGCAUGUCUGUCUCUGUAGCUCUCUGUAUAGCAGUCUUUGUAUCUAUCUAUCUCUUCCUUUCAUCUAUUCAUUUCUAUCUAUCUAUCUAUCUAUCUAUCUAUCUAUCCAUCUAUCUAUCUAUCUAUCCAUCUCAUCCUUUCAUCUAUCCAUUUUUCAUCUAUUCAUCUAUCUAUCUAUCUAUCCAUCUCCCUUCAUUUUUUCUAUCUAUCCAUCUAUCUAUUUCCUUUCAUCUAUUCAUUUCUAUCUAUCUAUCUAUCUAUCUAUCUAUCUAUCUAUCCAUCCUUUCAUCUAUUCAUUUCCAUCUAUCCAUCUAUCUCUUCCCUUCAUCCAUUUUCUAUCUAUCUUUUAUCUAUCCAUCAUCCAUCCAUCUAUCUAUCUAUCUUCCUUUCAUCUAUUCAUUUCUAUCUAUCUAUCUAUCUAUCUAUCUAUCUCUUCCUUUCAUCUAUUCAUUUCUAUCUAUCUAUCUAUCUAUCUAUCUAUCUAUCUAUCUCUUCCUUUCAUCUAUUCAUUUCUAUCUAUCUAUCUAUCUAUCUCUUCCUUUCAUCUAUUCAUUUCUAUCUAUCUAUCUAUCUAUCUAUCUUUCAUCUAUCUAUCUAUCUAUCUAUCUCUUCCUUUCAUCUUUCAUCUAUCUAUCUAUCUAUCUAUCUAUCUAUCUAUCUAUCUAUCUCUUCCUUUUAUCUAUUCAUUUCUAUCUAUCUAUCUAUCUAUCUAUCUAUCUAUCUAUCUAUCUAUCUAUCUCUUCCUUUCAUCUAUUCAUUUCUAUCUAUCUAUCUAUCUAUCUAUCUAUCUAUCUAUCUAUCUAUCCUUUCAUCUAUUCAUUUCAUCUCAUCUAUCUAUUCAUCUAUCUAUCUAUCUAUCUAUCUCUUCCUUUCAUCUAUUCAUUUCUAUCUAUCUAUCUAUCUAUCUAUCUAUCUAUCUAUCUAUCUAUCUAUCUAUCUCAGUGUGUUCAUUUCUAUCUAUCUAUCUAUCUAUCUAUCUAUCUAUCUAUCUAUCUAUCUAUCUAUCUAUCUCGGGGCGCCCAACGUUGCCAUAUCCAAACAAAAGAUGUAAGGUCAUAG